GUCAAGUCGCGUAUGUUGUUUAAGCCAGUCCAGACUGCUCUGAUAGGCUGACCGCUUAGUGGUAACAAAAAAAAAUGCACCAAUCAAAAUGCUACUGUGGUCCAGGUUACGCCACGCCUCUGGAUGCUGUUCGGGAUGGACCACGGGAAAAGUUACUCUACGUGGUAACAGUUCAACCUAAUCUUGAGGAGCCCCACGGUGAUUACCUGUCUACUGUCGACGUCGAUCCGGACAGUCCCACCUACUGCCAAGUCAUUCAUCGAACUUUCACAAACAGCACCGGAAACGAAAUGCAUCACAGUGGAUGGAAUACCUGUUCCAGUUGCCACUUCGUUGAUGAUAAGAAAAAAGCACCGAAACGGGAUCGAUUGGUGCUGCCGUGCGUGAAUUCGGACCGCAUAUUCGUGGUGGACGUUGAAACUGAUCCUAGAGCACCGUCGAUGUUCAAGGUCAUUGAAGGCGAUGUGCUGAAGAAAGCAAAUACUACUGCGCCGCACACGACCCAUUGUCUGCCGAAUGGCAACAUAAUGAUUUCAACUAUGGGCGAUGCAGAAGGGAACGCCAAAGGAGAGUUUGUUGAAUUUGAUAAGAAUUUUGAUUUUGUUGGAACGUGGACCAAGGGAGAUAAGACAGCACUGUGCGGAUACGAUUACUGGUAUCAGCCGUACUUUAAUGUUAUGGUUGCCUCUGAAUGGGGUGCACCCAAGCUGUUUCGACGUGGAUAUAAGGACUCAGACAUCGAAGAUCCGGAACAGUACGGCCGUCGGUUGAAUUUUUACAAGUGGAACGAACGAGAAUUGUUUCAAACAAUCGAUCUGGGAGAGGAAGGGCUUUGUCCCCUAGAAAUUAGAUUUUUGCACAAUCCUAAGGAGAAUCAAGGUUAUGUUGGCUGUACUUUGAACUCGAAAGUUUACAGAUUUUUUAAAGAUGAAAAUUCAGAUUUUUACAAAACAGAAAAAGUUAUUGACGUGCCCGCCAAGAAAAUCGAAGGGGGUUCUUCUGAGUAUGUAAAUGGUAUGAUGACCGAUAUUUUGAUAUCACUGGACGAUAGAUUCAUUUACUUCAACAACUGGAUGCAUGGCGAUCUUCGUCAGUAUGACAUUACUGAUCGUUCGAAUCCGAAGUUAACUGGCCAGGUUUGGCUCGGCGGUGCCAUUCUCAGUGACUCGAAAGUUAAAGUUGUAGAAGACAAAGAACUCAGCAAACAGCCAGAUCCAACAUUCAUUAAAAAUCGACGCCUUCUGGGAGGUCCGCAAAUGCUGCAGCUUUCGUUAGACGGAAAACGCCUUUACGUGUCGUCUAGUUUAUUCUCUUCCUGGGACAAGCAAUUCUAUCCGGAAAUGGUCAAAGCCGGUGGCACAAUUGUGCAGAUUGAUAUCGACACAGUUAAGGGAGGCAUGAAGAUCAACGAAAACUUUUUAGUUGAUUUCGCAAACGAGCCAUACGGUCCGUCUUUGCCACAUGAAAUGAGAUACCCGGGUGGUGAUUGCACUUCGGAUAUUUGGAUUGUAAACGAGUAAGAUAACAACUUACAACUGCAAGGUAAAAACUGAACCAUGCUAAAAGGCAAACAAAAGCUCGUUUGCUGAAGUUGCAAGAGAAAUUCGUUUAAGGGAAUAGCAUCUUUGUGCAGAUUUUAUUCAUUCUCAAAUUAUAUAGAUGCCAUUUCAUAAAUUAAUCGUAGCAUUCUGCAGUACUCAGAUGAACAAAG